GUUUUUAUCAUCUUUAAGAACAAUGGAUAUUUCCACCGCCCCCGAAGCAUGGUCUCAAACCUGGAUACAUCUGUGGACUGGUCAGAUUCCAAAGAGGCUCAGAAUCAGACAGUGGAGAAUCAGGACCAACACCCUCCUGCCAUCCAUCAGCCCAAUGACAGCAUGAAGAGACCACCUCCCAUGUCUCCUGACUCUGGACCCACAGAGGCAUGAUGGCCCAGGCAGCCCCACUGCUACUGCUCCUGCCUUUGCUGUUAAUGGGUUCACAGGGACAAGUGUUCCCAGUGAAGUACCAGGAGGGGCAGACACUCAGAGUGAACUGCAGCUACAAUCCCCAGAGAGCUGAGAAGAGGUGGAAAACCUGGUGUAAAGUGAGAGAAGAUGAACAGUGGUGUACAACAGUAAUUAUCAGAAAGUCAGGCUUCCCUGAGCAACGUGGGGACUCACGAGCCUCCCUGGCAGAUGACACCUACACUGGUAGAAUCACCAUCACCAUGUCUAACCUCAGGGUGAACGACUCAGGCAUCUAUUGGUGUGGAAUCCGUGACUCUGUCAGGAACAGUAUUGAUAUUCUCAGGACAAUCAGGCUGGAGGUUUCUCCAGGGAAAGGGAGGAGCCACCCUAAGCUUUCUCAGGAUCAAAAAGACCUGAAAUGAAAUGAAUUCAUUUCAAUGUACACCCCAACAUGAUGCAUGUUCCUGCCAUCCUGAGCUUGGCCCAGGCCACAGGCAAUAUGGGGAUAUCCCUUUCAGGACAGAGAAUCCAGCCACCAUACCCAUGCCCAGAUCCUUGAAGCCCUUUGCCUGCCCUUUCAACUCUGAGUGGACCUCAGAGCUCACUUUUUUUUUUCCUCUUAUGAUGACAAGCACCCCAUCUAUUCCUGGCAUUGUUAUUGCUCUGUAGAUGGGUCAGUCUGUUUCUCUGAGACCUUAGAAUGGCUCCUCAUUGCCUUUGAAAUGAAGAUCAAAUUCCUGAUACUCAAGAUCUUUCAUGUUCUGGCCCUCCAUUAUUGAUUCAAUUUUCUUUCUCACUAUUUCCCUGCAGAGACUCUCCUUUGUGGCCAGGGUGGGCUCUUCACAUUCUAUAGAACAUCAUAUAAAACUCAAGUAUAAAUGGGGGCCACUAAACCUGUAUGUUUGACUUAUAAAAAACAUUUAUUAAUAGUA